AACCUGCCGCUAAAACUAGCGGAAGAAAAUAGAGCUUGACCCAGUCUUUUAAUGUCGCUCCUCUUCUUUUACCUAGCCAUCUCUCUCUACCCUGGGGUUUACACAGACCUCCCAGGGCCUCAUAGCAUCUCUCACUCGCCGCGUCCUCGCGCGGCCGCCUACCGUUCAAUAGAUCUCUCUCUCUCUCUUUCUCUCUGUCUCUCUCCCAAGCGACACACGAAACAACCCUCAACCUCGAAAAAUAGACAAAAACAAAAAGAAAAGAUUUGAAACCUCAAAGCUCGCUCCACAUUAUUGUAAAAAGCAAUGAUGGAAACAAGUAAUAUGGGCAUGAAAAUACCCUGGACGUCCCGCGCGUCCUUUCUUCAAGCAAUGCUCGUGGUGUUUUUGGUGUUUUCAUGUUUUAGGGUUGAGAUUUGUUACGGACAAGACGAAGAUGCUGUUGUGGCAGCUCCUCCUCCCGAGCAAGAAGACUGUGAUGGCAUUUUCUUGUCGUACACGUUUACCUCCAGGGAGAAGGAGUUGCCGCACACGAAAAAUGUGUCGGCACAGGCUUGGGCGUUCAAGUCGGAGGCGACGAUCUUGAACGCCGGGUCGACCGAGCUCAAGGCGUGGAAGAUGUACAUAGGGUUUCAGCAUCGGGAGAUCUUGGUGGCCGCGGAAGGAGCUCAGAUGGUUGACGGUGGUGAUUUGCCCGUCGAUGUUGGAACCAAAGGGGCAUACUUUGCCGGGUAUCCAAUGACAGAUUUGAAAACUAUGAUUGAUACCGCCGGAGAUUAUACCCAGAUUCAGGCUAAGAUUGCGUUCAAAGGGACGCAGUUUGGGAUGGGAGAGAAGUCUACUCCGAUGCCCAAGACCAUCUCCAUUGUCAAUGAUGGCUUCAAGUGCCCUGCUGCUAAAUUUAAAGGGAAGACUGCAAUGUCUGUGUGCUGUAAAAAGGACCCAAAAUUCAAGGCGAAGAAAGUCGAGAAAACCAAAUUCAUGCCACGUCAGAACGGGGAUCUCUCAAUCACAUACGAUGUAAUGCAAACCUACACAAUGAACUACCUGGCUCAGGUCACCAUCGACAACGUCCACCCGCUCGGCCGCCUCGACCACUGGAACUUAACCUGGGAAUGGAUGAGGGGAGAGUUCAUCAACACCAUGAGAGGAGCCUACACUCACAAGAAGGACACAAGUGCAUGCCUCUACGGCCAAGCCGGAAAAUUCUACAAGGACUUGGACUUCUCUCAGGUCAUGAACUGUGAAAAGAAGCCCGUCAUCACCGACCUCCCAGCCGAGCGAAAGGAUGAUCCCAAGGUCGGCAAACUGCCCAGCUGCUGCCGCAACGGGACCAUCUUGCCGAGCCUCAUGGACAAUGCACAGUCCCAGUCCAUUUUCCAGCUGCAAGUGUUUAAGAUCCCACCCGACGACAACAGAACUGCCAUAACUCCACCUCAGCAGUGGAAAAUCAGUGGCGUUCUGAACCCUACUUACAGAUGCGGGCCCCCUAUUAGGGUUGACCCUACUCAGUUCCCCGACCCAAGUGGGCUCCAGGCCACGUCAGACGCCAUUGCCAGCUGGCAAGUGGUGUGCAACAUCACCAAAACCCCGGUCCCCAGAUGCUGCGUCUCGUUUUCGGCUUAUUACAGCACCUCUGUGAUUCCAUGCAGCACGUGCGCGUGCGGGUGCAAAACAUCUGAGACGAACAAAUGUAACCCUAAGGCUUCCGCCAUGCUUUUGCCUGCCGAAGCUCUCCUCGUGCCAUUCGCAAACAGAACCGAGAAGGCAAAAGCAUGGGCCAAAAUCAAGCACUACGACGUGCCUAAAAAGCUUCCGUGCCCUGACAACUGCGGUGUCAGCUUGAACUGGCACAUCGACUCUGAUUACAGCAACGGGUGGACCGCCAGGCUCACUCUCUUCAACUGGGGAACCGACCAGUUUCAAGAUUGGUACACCGCGGUGAAGAUGAACAAGGCCUACCAGGACUACGAAAACGUCUACUCCUUCAACGGUACGAGGAUGGAAAAGGAAGUCAACAACACAAUCUUGUUCACAGGGCUCAAGGGUUUGAACUACUUGGUGGCGAUAAAAAACGGGACGGAUCCGAAAAAGAAUCCGAUGAUCCCCGGGAAGCAGCAAUCGGUGAUUUCGUUCAAGAAGAAGCACUAUCAUAAUAUCGAUAUCAAAGCGGGUCAAGGGUUCCCAACGAGAGUGUUGUUCAAUGGAGAAGAGUGUGCUCUUCCUAAAGUGUUCCCCAAGAACAAUGCAGGGCAUCUCAAGUCUAAUGCUCUUUUGGUCCUAUGUUUAGCCAUCAUGUCUUUCCUUUUCAUGACAAAUCGCUUCCACUAACCAUCAGCAAGGCUAGUUCUAUCUGCAGCUGCAAGAAGACCGGUGUUUAUGCACUCAAGGCUGAUAAAGAACUAUGUAUGAGUGACGAUGCUACCAUGAUUUCGAGGCCCGUCCAUGCAUACUCGAACUCGAGACACAUAAAGCAGAUGAUGAAGAGAUUGUAACGAGUCACAAAACAAACGUUAUGAUAAUUUGAAUAAGAUUUUAUGUGCGUAGCUAUUAUAUACAAAUCAUGAGGAUGGAUUCGCGUGGUCUUUUUGUUUUCCUAGCAUUUUUUUGUGUGUAUCUAGGAUCGAUGCAGUCUCUAAUGUUUGUAGCAGUUCCAAAUGUUGGAACAGGGUAACUAGAAAAUUCAAGAUAACAUAUUACAAUACAAACAUCGAUUUUUAAGACAA